UAAGAAGCCUUUCGUCGAUCUUAAGAUGAUUAGGAGUAGGAAAACGAACGCUACUGCGACAGAGUCGUCUAUGGAGGAGAAGGAAGAAAAUCCCGGAGUGAAAGAUUUGGAUGGCGAGGAGACUGGAAACCAAUCUAAUGGUUUGCACACGAAGACACGACACAGCGACGAUGAAAGGAAUGGAGAUGUGAACUAUGGACCUGUUAUUACAGUUCUAAAAGCUUUCAUUUUGUCCAUUUUAACAAUGUUUUCGGCCGGAUUUAAUGCCCUGAGGGGAUUGCCGAGGUAUGUCUCUAGAUCUGGCUUUGGAAAAUAUUUUUAUUCACCCUCAACUCGAUCGACGAGUGCGGCCAUGACGAAAGGGAUACAAUAUCAGGAUUCGGAAAACACUCGUCCAUUUUCCUGUUCUGCAGCCCGGUUUGAUCCACAAAAACUCCGUGAUGUAUGGGGUAAACCAUCCUUUGAUGUGGCGAAAAUGACCCAUCUGUUGGAUCACGAUAACCACGACAAGAGAGCGAAAUUUCGAAAAAUCUUUUCUGAGGAUCCUUUGAUGACCCCAAAAUACAACAUUUCCUUGGACGAAGAGAGAGACUUAGCCUUGAAGAGACUGAAGACACUCUGUAACCAAGGAUUUAUUUCCGUGUUAGACUUCAAAAGCAACCCUCACUGGAUCUUUGCAGCCCACGAAAUGGCCGCCGUAGUAGAUGCGGCAAUGGCUACCAAAAUGACGGUCCAGUUUAACUUGUUUGGUGGUACUGUGUUGAAGUUGGGCACAGAAAGACACCACGACAAACUAUUAGAGGGUAUUGAUUCAUUGGAAGAUGUGGGCUGUUUUGGUCUGACAGAACUUGGAUACGGAAACAAUGCAGUACAGAUGGAGACAACAGCCACAUAUGACAAGGAGACCAAGGAGUUCAUUGUCAACACACCAAAUGCACUGGCACAGAAAUAUUGGAUCACCAAUGGUGCUUGCCAUGCCCAUCAUGUCAUUGUCUUCUCUCAGCUUUAUAUUGAUGGUGUCAAUCAAGGUAUCCAUGGUGUGCUGGUUCCCAUCAGAGACAAGAACCUUAAUGUGAUGCCUGGAGUUCAGAUUCAUGACAUGGGACAUAAAAUGGGUCUGAAUGGAGUGGACAAUGCUAAGUUCUUCUUUAGCAAUGUCCGUGUACCCAGAGAAAACCUGCUCAACUUGUAUUCUGAUGUUGAAGAGGAUGGAACGUACAAGACAAACAUAGAAGGAAGUAUUCGGAAACGUUUCUUGACUGUAGCAGACCAGCUUCUCUCAGGCCGUCUGUGUAUAGCCAGCAUGUCACAAGGAGCAGCCAAAGCUUGUCUUGCCAUUGCCAUCCGCUACUCAGCAACUCGCCUUACAGUGGGUCCUGAUGGCAAAUCUGACACACCCAUUCUCAAGUAUCAGCUCCAACAGAACGCUCUGGUGCCACUUCUGGCUGCUACUUACGCCAUGGAUUUUGCACUGCAAUAUAUAAAAGAUCGCUGGGCUUUUCAGGCAGCUGAUGGAUCUGAGAAUGCGGAUGUGGUGAUUAUGUGUUGUGUUAUAAAGGCUAUAACUGGCUGGCAUGUUGCUGAAGCAGCUGCCAUUUCCCGCGAGAGGUGUGGGGGCCAAGGGUAUCUGUCCUGUAACAAGUUUGGCAGUGGUAUAGCUGGUUCGCAUUCCUCCAUGACAGCCGAAGGGGACAACUCAGUCCUGAUGCAGAAGGUGGCUUCAGAAAGGCUGAUGAGUCUCAAGCCAUCCAUGUUGGAGGUAGCGGCCAGCUAUGUGCCGAAGGCUGUGACCCGGAUCUUCGGUUGGGCCAAUCUCAACAACCCGAAAUACUUGCAGGAGCUUUUAGAGUCACGAGAGAAAGAUCUAUUUUUGAGCCUUGGAAUGAAGAUGAUGAAGGCUGGGAAGGAGGGAAGAUUUGACACCUGGAUGUACGUGGAACAGGAUCUUGUCCAAGCUGCUGCUCGUGCGUAUGGUGAACGACUCAUCAGUGAAUGUUUUGGCAAAGCUCUUGACAAAGCUGACCCUGGUCUGCAACCAGUUCUCCAGAAACUUCAUCAUCUCUAUCAGAUGUCAGUCAUCAAGAAGGAUCUCGGCUACUUCACCACCUCGGGGCUGAUGUCUACGUGGACUGGGGCUAAAGUUGGGAAGGCAGCUGCUGACCUGUGUCGAGAAGUGGCACCGCAGGCCACUGCACUGUGUGAUGCAUUUGGAUUCACCGACGAAAUGCUUAAUGCCCCAAUUGCCAGAGACUGGGUCAAAUAUAAUGCAGUUGAUAACAAAGGGGAAGUCGAAGGUGUGCAGUAUUGAUGCUGCCACCCGAAAUUCGCUCAAUCUUGUGAACGAACCCUUUUUUUUCUGAAAGCUCCUGAAACAAAAUUUGU